AUGGAAAGGAGCGGCGGGUUUCACGCGCGUGCGUCUCCUGUCGACUCAGGAAGACGAGAUGCGACCUGUAAGUGGCCGUCUUUCCGAACAAGCACACCACAAGCCGGUACCAGCGUUCAGUUCACGUUCUCGGCAGCUGACCAGCCGUACCUUACAUGUAGCGACUACAGCGGAAACCCAGGAUCUCCACCAUGCCGUCGUUGCGUCCGUGAGAAGAAGGAAUGUAUUUUGGCGACCUCCCGACGCGGCGGUAGGCGACCGAGGAAAUGUUUACGGCUUCCAGACAGCGAGGGCGUCUUCCCGCCUCCGGGCGGAGCCGCAGCAGCCUCUGAAUCAGCAACCGGAGGCGGAGGCGGAGGUGGAGGCGGUCAUGUUUCACUUCCGUCCUUUGCCGACCAAAAGUCCCCGGACUCGGGCCAACAAGGGGAGACGUGGCCGAGUACCCCGGAGGAAGACACCCCGGGCCGCCCCGCCAGCUGGCCCGGGUCCGGGUCACAGCCGGACAGCCCCGGCGCCAGGUCCCUUCAGAGCGCCGGGGAUAUAGAAGGAUGCAUCACGUCCAGCGAUCUCUUGAACCCAUCCGAUGCGUUAAAUCUCCUGGCCCAAGUCGCCGACUUGGAUGAUGAUGAGCCCGAGCCUUCCCGGAAGCCGUCAGGCAGCUCGACCACCACCGGCGACGGUACAUCUCACGACGGAACACGCCCGUCUUCAAAGUUGACAUCAGACUACAAUUACCCUCCAAUAUCGGACGGCAUUCUCCCCGUGUCCGUCGCAUCUCGUAUGCUGAACACAUACUACGAACAUUUCCACCCAUUCUUCCCAGUAGCCCACAACUGCAUCCUCUCACCCUCUUCAAUCGCCGCCCUGACGGAAGCGGAACCGCACCUGCUCACAGCAAUCUUCACCGUCGUCUCGAAAGAUGAGCCAUCCCUGUCGGCGGUCCACGAGGCAUGCUCGCGGCACAUGGAGACGCUGAUAUCGAAGCUAAUCUACAAGGGCUCGACGACGGUCGGCGCCGUCGAGGCGCUGCUGAUCCUAGCGCAGUGGGCGCCGCAGAGGCUCCAAGAGAAGCCCACCGUUGGGAGAGGAGAGGAGGACGAAGGAGCUUGGAUGCAGAUCGGCGUCGCCAUCCGGUUGGGGUAUCUGCAGAGUUUGGAGCAGACGGGGUUGCUGGUUGACAAGCAGAAUAGUCUGUCAGAGCACUUUCGGAGGAAGAGGCUUGUUUGGGCUGCUUGUUACAUGAGUGACAGAGAGGUGUCGAUUCGGGUAGGGAAGGGGUUCUGGUCCCGCGGACCAGGGCCAUCUACAAUCCCUCGCUCCGUCGACUUUCCCUCCCUCAGGGUCCAGCGGGCUGGGUCGGACAACCUAGGGCAGCUGUUCCAGGCGCAGCUCGAGCUGAUACAGCUCUUCAGCAACGCCCACGACAUACUCUAUUCUUCGGCGAGUCACAGAGCGCAGCUUUAUCUGGGGGGAGAGUACGUCAGAUACAUUGACGAUUCCUUCGCCGUUCUCCGUAAAUGGAAACUCGUCUGGGGGGGCUUGAGCUUCACCCCGAUAAUAAAAGCAGGCCUGAACCUCUCCUAUGAGUUUCUGCGCUUGUACAUCAACGCCUUUGCCUUCCAAGCAACAAUCAACCGCGCAAUUACCCGAGCACGCCAGCAGCAGCAGCAACAACAACAACAACAACAACAGCAGCAACAAGCGGCAGCCCAACAAUCACACCCGCAAUCCCGAACCCAGACACCACAGCAAAGCACAACACACGCAACACGAGCGGCGACAGCAACAGCCAUCAACGGGCCGCUGUUCUCGGACCUCGCGAGCACACCGGACGCAAGGUUCAUCUACGAAUCCAUGGACGCCGCCAACUCCCUCCUCGAUAUCCUCAACACGUCCGUGGAUCCGGCGACGGAGCUGCGGUACAUGCCGCUGAAGUAUUACCUCUACGUGAUUUAUGCGGCGGUGUUUCUGUUCAAGGCCCGCCUCGCAGGCGCCCUAGGAAGCGAAGCCUCAGACUCCGUCCGACGCUCCAUCUCCGUAACAGUAUCCUGCCUACAACGAUCAUCCGAAAGCGCACACAGCCUAGGCCAGCGCUACGCGCGUCUCCUCUCCCUUCUCUGGCGCUCCAAAUCACCGGCCCGGAAACCCGCACCCCCUCCUCACCACCACUACCACUACAACCACCACCACCCGGAACCCGCCGAUCUCGGAAGCGGAGAAGUGGGACCGACACCGAUGAUCACCGACCCCGCCCCGGCCCCGGCUCCUGCCCCGUUUAACAUGCCCGAAAACACAGCCUACCAGAACCACGACGCAUCAAUGUCGUUCCCCAACGGCGUGACGCACCCUCGCAUGGCGGGCAGCGCCGCGGGAUUGCACGCAAACGUCCUCCCGCUACAGACGGACCUCCUCGGGCGCGGCUUUUCGUGGCGCGACCUGGACGACCUGGGCCAGUUCAUCGGGCCCACCGAGAUGAACUUUCCCGACCCCGCGAAUCUGCAGGUUGUGGGGAACAUCAGCCUCGACGAGGGGGCAGUGUAUGACGUCCUCUGGCCGGGUAGCGACGUCGUCUUUUAG